AUGGAUGACUAUUUGGUGCCUUGGUUAACGAUUAAUGGAAUUGAGCAAAAGGUUCCCUACAUUACAAAUGGAAUAUGGAUAACUGAACUGCCCAAUGGAGCUGUAAAUAUUUACUUCACUGAUAUUAAAACAACAAUUGUUGCCUCCCGGUUUAAUUUCAAAUUAAGUGUGGCCGAACGUUUCUUCUUGAAUAAUACCCAAGGACAGUGUGGAACUUGUACAACAUUUCAGGAUGAUGACUGCAUUAGACCAAAUGGAACAAUAGAGGACCCUGAUUGCUGCCCCACAACAGCACAAGAUUGGCUAUAUAAUGACCCUAACAAGCCAUAUUGUGUAGCAACUCCGCCAUCAUCUUGUUCGACGCCCACUCCAACUCCUACUCCCCCUCCCAUUCCCCCAAAUUGCAAGACAGUGUGCAAGAAAAUAUUAGAAACACCAUUUGAAAACUGCACAAAUAAUUUGCCUGCUACUUAUUAUGAAAAUUGUUUAUUUGACUGUGCUGAGGCAAAUUCUACAGAAUUUGCCUGUUCCAUCAUUCAAUCUGCUGCUGACAAUUGUGGCAAUGACACAUGUGUUGACUGGAGAUCCCCUGCUGGUGAAUGCAAAAUGAAUUGUACAGAAAACUUUGUUUAUAAGGCAUGUGCUACUCAACUUGACCAUUACUGUGAGGACAAUUCAGUGAUGAAGGGGGCAAAUCUACUUAAUUAUCAUGAAGGCUGUUUCUGCCCAGCUGGAAUGAUGAAAUCUGAAGACAAGACAAAAUGUGUUUCUACAUGUUGCCUGGAUAAUAAUGGAAAACAAAGAGAGAUAAACGAUAACUGGCAGGAUCAGAACAAUACUUGUGUUUCCCAUAAAUGCACAAGAAGGGGAGUCGUAACACAUACAAAGACUUGUGCUCCUCAAACCUCUUGCAAAGAGUCUGACAGAGGAUGGGAUGAUGAACACUGCUGCUACACCUGUAUCUCUCAAGGUCUAAUUAUGAAUCAACUCACAUCGCAGAAUUUUUUCCUCAGUGGCAGUAGAUUGUUCAGUCAGGCUUUGGGUCUUUCUUAA